GUCUAGCGCGCGCUGUGAUGACGCCACGACGCUGACGCAUGAGGAUGGCGGCGGCGGCGGCGGCCGCGGCCCGGAGAGGGUCAGCACAGCCUCCGAGACGCCGAAGAGCCCGCCGCCCGCGCGAGGUGUAGACAGGGCACUGCCUACAGAGCAGGUCCUGCUAGCCUCACUGGAGAGGAUGAGCCCAUGUCCGUAAUGGGCUGUGGGACAAGCAAGGUCCUUCCGGAGCCGCCCAAAGAUGUCCAGCUGGACCUGGUCAAGAAGGUGGAGCCCUUCAGUGGUGUUAAAAGUGAUGUGUACAAGCACUUCAUCACAGACAGUGUUGGCCCUCUCAAAGCUGAGUUCCCAGCAGCCAGUCAGUAUGCCAACCCCUGUACUGCUGCCCCCACCACUGGCCAUACUGAGCCCCCUUCAGAACCACCACGGAGGGCCAGGGUGGCUAAGUACAGGGCCAAGUUUGAUCCCCGAGUGACUGCCAAGUAUGACAUCAAAGCCCUGAUUGGCCGAGGCAGCUUCAGCCGAGUGGUACGCGUGGAACAUCGGGCAACUCGGCAGCCAUAUGCCAUCAAGAUGAUCGAAACUAAGUACCGCGAAGGCCGAGAGGUGUGUGAAUCGGAGCUUCGCGUAUUGCGCCGGGUACGUCAUGCCAACAUCAUCCAGCUGGUGGAGGUGUUCGAGACACAGGAGCGUGUGUACAUGGUUAUGGAACUGGCCACUGGCGGAGAGCUCUUUGACCGCAUUAUCGCCAAGGGUUCUUUCACUGAGCGUGAUGCCACCCGGGUGCUGCAGAUGGUGUUGGAUGGCGUCCGCUAUCUGCACGCUCUGGGCAUCACACACCGAGACCUCAAGCCUGAGAAUCUGCUCUACUACCACCCAGGCACCGACUCCAAGAUCAUCAUCACUGACUUCGGCCUGGCCAGUGCCCGAAAGAAGGGUGACGACUGCCUGAUGAAGACCACCUGCGGCACACCUGAGUACAUUGCCCCGGAAGUCCUGGUCCGCAAGCCCUAUACCAACUCAGUUGACAUGUGGGCACUGGGCGUCAUUGCCUACAUCCUGCUCAGUGGCACCAUGCCCUUUGAGGAUGACAAUCGUACCCGGCUCUACCGGCAGAUCCUCAGGGGCAAGUACAGCUACUCGGGGGAGCCCUGGCCCAGCGUAUCCAAUCUGGCCAAAGACUUCAUUGACCGCCUGCUGACAGUGGACCCUGUUGCCCGUAUGACUGCAUUGCAGGCCCUGAGGCACCCGUGGGUGGUGAGCAUGGCAGCCUCUUCAUCCAUGAAGAACCUGCACCGCUCCAUCUCCCAGAACCUCCUUAAACGUGCCUCCUCGCGCUGCCAGAGCACCAAAUCUGCCCAGUCCACGAGGUCCAGUCGCUCUACACGCUCCAACAAAUCUCGCAGAGUCCGAGAGCGUGAGUUGCGGGAACUCAACCUGCGCUACCAACAGCAGUACAAUGGCUGAGCUACCUGGCUGUGUUGCAGACAUGGCCUGGUCCCAGCCCGGCCACACAGUGCUGUGCCAUCUACACCCACUGCCCUCUCUGGAGAGUGGCCUCUGUGCCUAGUGGCCAGUGCAUGUCUGGCCUCAGCUCCUUCUCUGUGCCUUCAGGAGCCUCAUCCUCACCCUGGGCUUGUGCCUGGUGAGGUUCUUUGUUAUUGUUGUGGAUCUAGCUUGUGUCUAGUUCUUCUUGCCUGAUGUGACAAAGUGGAGAGAGCAAGGGAAUAUGAGCCCUCUGGGAGCCUGGCCUGGUACUGAUGCUCCUUUGGUGGGCAACUGCUCUAGGACAGUUGGGGAGAAAGGGCAGGACCUGACCUUCUGUCUCCUUCCCCCUGGCUCUUCUCCAAACCAAAGGUGUGUAUAUUGUGUUAAGUGGACAGUGUGUUGUGGUCCCAGCACUUUUGGGGACAAUUAGUUCUGAAAACCUCUUUUUUCUACUGAGCCCCCCCCCCCAUCUCUCCCACCCCCACGUUCCAUGACAUCCUGAUCAGAUGAUGUUCCAGUGAAGGCUCAGGUAGGCCCAAAACUUGUGCCUUGACUGGAAUCUCAGCUCUGGCUAAGUCUAAACAGCCUUCCACCUCUCAGCCAAAUUCUGUCUUCUUUCAUGGUGUCCCCAAGUCUUGCUUGGACCUGUAGUAGUAGGGCCAUGGCAUAGUGGCCCUUCUGGGCUUUGUGGCCGUGUUGGUAGUAGGCUUGCUACAGGCUCCAGCCUCUGACUGAGUGAAUUCCUCUCCACCAACCCACCACUCUCAGUGCCAUCUCUGUGGAGCCCACCGUCACUUCCCUCCUCUUGGGUGCCCAUUUCCCAGGUGCCUUUCUCCCAACUCGGGGGGGGGGGGGUAAAGUGAGCCCCACUGCUGCUACCUGGAGAAUGGGGAUACCUGGGCCAAGUCGAAGGGCAAGGGCUUCCUAGGGAGAGUCUAUGGAAGUCCAGUGUCAGUAUCCUCUAUCCUUGGUACUGCCCCCAACCUUCCCCUUCAGGCUCUGCUGUUCUGUCCGCCACAGCUGCAGCAAAGGCGCCAUCUAGUGUCUGCCAGGAGUAUGGGUAGCUUAGGAUGCCUACCAAGCUCACCCUUCAUUCUCUUAGAGAAAAGUAGGAAAGAGCUGCUGCACUGAGGGAAAGACCCCAGAGCUACUCAACUCCCUUCUGCUGAGCUACUGCACAGCUCCCCUUGGAACUUAGCCAUACUGUGUUACCUGCCUCUGAAGCCUGAGUGCCUGGGGCACUGGCAUUCUUACAGCUAGCCUGGCCCAGUCCAACCUAUCCCGCUUCCUUUCACAGCAUUAACCUUUCAGUUUGAGUCCCGCUGAACCUCAGGCUGGAUGGAGCCCCUGUGGGAGGUGGGUGAAACUGGAUGCCUGAGCCAGACCAUCUCCAUGUGUCAUGGUUUCUUUCCCCCUCCUUUACAUUAUCCCCCAUAAAUUGGGCUAGAGCCCAAGCUCCCUCCACAGCUGCUCACAGUGGGUAAGAAGGAGGCAGGACCCAGCUUUAGCUGGACUGUAGCCCCUGCCAAUAGGCAGGAUUUGGCCCUUACUCAGUUCCUUCUAGCAGGCAACCUUGCGCCAGACCCCUAUCUUUUUGCAUAUGCCACCUCUAGUGGAAAACUAAGUCAAAGAGACCACUCUGGGCCAAGUCUACUGUGCCUUAUAUAUCCCCUCCCUUUCCUUCCAUCCAGUGCCCCUGGCACAAGGCAGAGGAGGCCCCAAGUCUCAUAGUCUCAGAAUUCCUCCCAUCUCCAAGUGGCUCUGGGAGCCUGACGUCUGGAAGAUUUCGAUUCUUGCCCAGGAUAGACCUAAUCCUGGGAAUCUGAUCAUCGGGAAUCUGAGACUUGGGUUUUUUGACAGGUCCGUUUGGGCCUUCAUGCCAUGAACCAUGGAUGGAGAAUGUGCAGUUAUUUAUUUUGUGUAUCAGUCUAUAAAUGUAUUCUUUACUCAAUAAACAGGCUGCCCUCCCCAGGGAAGGCUGCCCAUUCAUUCCAA